AUGGCUACUGCAUCCGAGAUUGCAAAAAAAUUGAAGAUGACCCCCCACCCAGAAGGCGGUUUUUACAUCGAAACUUUCAGAGAUACUUCCGUUCUUCUCUCCAAAUCUCAACUUCCCUCUCAAUACAAAGUAGAUCGUCCAGUCAGCUCUUGUAUAUAUUUCUUGCUUCCAUCUGGGAGUGUGUCACGUUUUCAUCGCAUACCAUGCGCGGAGACCUGGCAUUUUUAUAUGGGGGAACCUAUUACGGUGGUUGAACUGAAUGACACGGAUGGGAAAAUCAAACUGACAUGCCUUGGACCCGACCUGGUAGGAGAAAAUCAGCAGCCACAAUACACCGUUCCUCCAAACGUGUGGUUUGGUUCAUUUCCAACCAAUGACGUAUCCAUUUCCCCAGAUGGGAUCAUGCAGAAAGUUAAGCCAAGAGAUUCAGAAGGAAACUACUCCCUUGUGGGGUGCACUUGUGCUCCUGCCUUUCAUUUUGAGGACUUUGAGCUAGCAAAACGCACUGAGCUCGUUUCGCACUUCCCUGAACACGAAGCACUCAUUUCUUUACUUACCUUCCCGGACUGA